GUCAUGGUCUUCAUGAAUGUCCGCAUCAUGUCCGUGGGCAUUUCGUUCCCUCCAGGUGGCAUCGAUGACGUGGGAGAAAAGAAGUGGGCCGGAGACUUCCAGCUGAAAUUCUACCCGUGGGAGUACCCCUCCUACACCAACAACAUGAAGUUCGAGGGUGUCUUGCAGGUGGCGGUCGGAUUGAAGAUGGGAAACGCGAAAGGGACCAUCCGCACUUCCGUCUCCUACUGGUCUCCGGACGUAUCAGGUAAGGCCAAGGAUGCGAGCAACUACAAGUUGGAAAAAUUGGAAAAACCCAGUGGCUUUGGCUUCACCAUUGCUGUCGGCCCGCCUAAGAAAGGCGGGUCCGGGUCUGAAGGCUCGGAGUCUACGGAGUCUACGGAGUCUACGGACCUCGUCCAGGCCGGGUUGGGGCCGGAUUUGGCAACGAGCCUUCGUGAGCAGCUUCAUGCAGAGGGAAUUACCGAGCAUGAUCUUGUGACUGGACUCCAGCAGCUUUCCACAGCGGAGAACAUGUCAGGGGUUGUGCCCACUGGGAGCUUCGACGCGCGCUUGCAGCUGUACGUAUGUUUUGACUCUCCGCAUCGCUGCAACAAGGAUGGAGUGUGA